UGUGGGCGGAGCCAGAGGGCCACUCCUCGCGCAGGCCUUCACGGGAGCGCGCGUGUCACUCUUCUACUACCAACAGUCGGAGUUCGGAAGUGUCCGUGUUUAGGAAGAAGGGCAGCAAUUCCACUGAGGGAGUCGAGACUUUUUGGGUUUAUUUUAUUUUUUUCAAGAUAGAAUAUUUUAAUAAAGAAGGAGGAGGUGAAAGUAUUGAGUUUUCCUGGCGGCUACAACGAAAAAAAAAGUGACCCAACUUAGGAAUAUGGACUAAAUGCGGCGGGUGCGAGCAGAUGGAAGCCGCGAGAAGUUUGGUGUUUAUCGGAGCCGUUCUGCUCGGAGUGCCGGGCGUUUGGGGCGGAGAAGUCUGCCGGGGCACGGACAUGAAACUGGCCCUGCCCUCCAGCCUGGAAAAUCACUACGAAACCCUGAAGCUCCUCUACACCGGCUGCCAAGUCGUCCAUGGCAACCUGGAGAUUACACACCUCCACAACAAUGCUGAAAACAGUACUGACCUCUCCUUCUUGCAGGGGAUUGUAGAGGUGCAGGGUUAUGUCCUCGUCGCUAACGUCUCCCUGAGUUUAGUCCCUUUGGACAACCUUCGAAUCAUAAGAGGCAGCCAGCUGUACGACUCCCAAUAUGCAAUUGCUGUCCUGAAUAACACCUACGGAAAUCAGGGGCUGAGGACCCUCCGCCUCCGCAGCCUCACGGAGAUCCUGCAGGGUGGGAUCUACAUUUGGCAGAACCCCUACCUGUGCUUCCCCCAGGGCAUCGAUUGGAGCGACAUACUGGAUAAACAGAGCAACCAAUCCAAUAUCCGCAAACUGCAGCCGCCGGCCCCUAAAUGUCCAAGUUGCUCCUCUGCGUGUGAGAAAAGAUGCUGGGGAGAAACGUCGCUGGAUUGCCAAACGUUGACGGGACAUUGCUCGUCCGGCUGUCAGCGAUGCAAAGGCCCUCUGACCAGCGACUGCUGCCACAAGCAGUGUGCUGCUGGCUGCACCGGACCCAAAGACUCGGACUGUCUGGCAUGUCGUCACUUCAAUGACAGCGGUGUGUGUAAGGAGACCUGUCCCAACCCCAACAUCUACGAUCCCAUCAUCUACCAGGCCAAACCCAACGCAAACAAGAAGUUCUACUUUGGAGCCUUCUGCGUCAAGCAGUGUCCCUAUAACUACAUGGCUAUGGAAGUGGGCUGCAUUUUGUAUUGUUCCCAAUCCAACCAGGAAGUUAUUACCAUCAAUCCUGAUGGAACGGAGACUCAGAAGUGUGAAAAGUGUGAAGGAAAUUGUCCAAACGUGUGCUAUGGUCUGGGUAUGGACAACCUGGGAGUCAUCGACAACCAUGGUAUCACUGUGGUAACAUCGGCUAACGUGAAGCAAUUCAACAACUGCAAGAAAAUUUUUGGAAGUCUUGCGUUCCGCGCCCAGAGCUUCGAAAGGGAUCCUGUAACGAACACAUCCGGCCUCACUCUGGAGCAGCUCCAAACUUUCAAGAACUUGGAGGAGAUUGCAGGUUAUCUGUACAUUGAUGCGUGGCCUGAGGAGCUCAAAAAUCUGAGUGUGUUUGAGAACCUGCAGGUGAUCCGAGGCAGGAUGCUCUACAUGGGUGUGUUUUCACUGGCCAUCCAGAACCUAAACAUCUCGUCUCUUGGGCUGCGUUCGCUGCGCAGCGUCAGCGGAGGUCUGGUUAUGGUAUACAACAACUCACAGUUGUGCUACGUCGAUGAAGUGAUCUUGAAGAAUCUGUCCCAUCAUGGAGAGGGGCCCAACAUCAUCCUAAAGAAGAACAAGGAACUCCAAGUCUGUGAGGCGGAGGGGCAUGUCUGCCACUCGUUGUGUAAAGGAGGCUGUUGGGGCCCGGGACCCAGACAGUGUCUGUCCUGCUUGUCCCUCCGGCGCGGUACUGAGUGUGUGGAGCACUGUAACAUCAAUCAGGGGCGUGUGCGUGAAUUUGAACUCAAGUCUGUCUGCACCCCCUGUCACGAAGAGUGUCGACCUCUCAACGGCACUGCCGCCUGCAAGGGUCCGGGUGCAGAGGAUUGCAUGCAGUGUCGACACUUCCAGGACGGAGCGGUCUGCGUGGAGCAUUGUCCGAGUGGUGUGAAGGAGGAUCAUCAGACCAUAUGGAAAUACAGCAACGCUACAGGGCACUGUCUGCCGUGCAACACCAACUGCACCCUUUCUUUCAGCUGCUCAGUGAAGGAUGAGCGGGGCUGCCCUAUUGACAGCCGAACAGGACCAGGCACAACUAUAGCAGCAGCCGUGGGUGGAGUUGUUCUCUUCUUCAUCCUCCUGGCUCUGCUGGUUUUCUAUCUGAGGCGACAGACUAAGCUGAAGAGGAAGGAGACGGUGAGGAGGUACCUGCAGGAGCAAGAGCUGGUGGAGCCUUUAACACCCAGCGGCGCGUCUCCAAACCAAGCCCAGAUGCGCAUCCUGAAAGAGACUGAGCUGAAGAAGCUGAGGGUUCUGGGUGCGGGGGCCUUCGGCACCGUCCACAAGGGCGUUUGGACUCCUGAAGGUGAAACUGUUAAAAUACCAGUAGCUAUCAAGGUGUUGCGGGAGAACACGUCACCAAAAGCCAACAAAGAGAUCCUGGAUGAGGCCUAUGUGAUGGCGGGGGUCACCAGCACUUACGUUUGCCGCCUCCUGGGAAUUUGCCUGACCUCCACCGUGCAGCUGGUCACGCAGCUGAUGCCGUACGGCUGCCUCCUGGAUUACGUCCGGGAGAACAAGGACUGCAUCGGUUCCCAGUUCCUCCUGAACUGGUGUGUCCAGAUCGCUAAGGGGAUGAGUUACCUGGAGGACAUCCGGUUGGUCCACAGAGAUCUGGCCGCCCGCAACGUCCUGGUGAAGAACCCAAACCACGUGAAGAUCACAGACUUUGGUCUGGCCCGUUUGCUCGAUAUAGACGAGACCGAGUAUCACGCUGAUGGAGGGAAGGUUCCCAUUAAAUGGAUGGCUUUGGAGUCUAUUAUACACAGGAAGUUCACUCAUCAGAGCGACGUCUGGAGCUACGGAGUGACCGUCUGGGAGCUGAUGACCUUUGGGUCCAAGCCGUAUGACACCAUCCCGGCGAGGAAAAUUCUGGAUGUCCUGGAGGGGGGAGAGCGUCUUCCUCAGCCGCCCAUCUGCACCAUCGACGUCUACAUGAUCAUGGUCAAAUGUUGGAUGAUCGAUCCGGACAUCAGGCCCACGUUCGAAGAACUGGUCAUGGAUUUCACCGCCAUGGCGAGAGAUCCACCUCGCUUUUUAGUCAUUAAGAAUGACGAACACAUGAGCACCAGCAACCCGGUGGACAGCCGCUUUUACAGGAUGCUUCUGGAGGAGGGAGACAACAUGGGGGAAAUGAUGGACGCCGAGGAAUACCUGGUGCCGCAACCCAACCUCUUCCCCCGCACGAAUGGAGACAAUCCUCAGGCCAACGGGCCGUCCAGGCGCCAGUCGCACAGGCAAAGCCGAGAUCACGGUUUAGAGGCGGAAACCUCGCUGACCGUCGGCCCUCAGAGCAUGUACUCCUCCGCCGGAGCGCUCAGCCGCAGCCAGUACCCCUCCACCAACGCCGCAUGGCCCCCAUACCCCAUCCUGGCUCGCAGCACGUCAGCGGGGGGCCAGUCGGACUCUGUGUUCCUGGAUGUGGUUCCGGACGGCCUUGCCAUUUCCCCGAUCUCGCCGGGACGCUACUGCAAGGAUCCCACCCACCCCGGCGACAGCCAGGACCUGGAAGUGGACGGGCCGAAUGGUUUUCAGCCCCACCUCCAUCACUCGCUGCCCAGGCGGACUCAUAUCUACAGUCACAACCGCCCUUUGCCUGAAUAUGUGAAUCAGGACGUACCGGAUUUCAAGCCGGGGAUUUCCGAACGACCCACCACGCUUCCACGCAAAGGCCGCAAAGCAGACAGACUCUUGCCUAACGGUCUGAACUCCGGCCACAGCGUGGAGAACCCGGGCUACCUGGUUCCGGUUAGCUCUCCCGCCUUCGAUAACCCGUACUACCUGGACCUGGAGUCCAAAGCUGCGCCCAAUGCUGCAGCGGCAGACGCUGCUGAGAGCAACGGCAGAGUCCCCAAGCAAGUCAACGGGUUUGUGACUCCCACCGCAGAAAACCCAGAGUAUCUCGGACUAGCAGACACCUGGAGCGGACACACUUGAGAGGGAGAGGACGAUGAACUGUGACAGAAAUGAGCCAGAUUUGUGUAAAAACUGAAACAGAACGGACUCAUUGUUGCCAAACAGAAGAACCAGAGUCCAAACCAUUGAAGGCUCGCCUUCAAAAAGUCAUCACUGACUCAACACAAUGUAGCAUUAAUAGUGUCUGUGGCACUAUGUGUUCCUUCAAACAAGCCGUGCCAAAAAGCUGAUAAGUGACUCCACAAACGGGCUUUUGUGAAAUCUAAGAAGCGUCUGAUUAUCACCCAAUCAUCUGAGCGGAUUUAUGCAUUCAGGGUUUUUAUUCUUGAGAAAAAAGUGUCCGUCAAAGUGAACCAUCGCGUGCAUUCAGGGGGAUGUUUAGUAUUCUGGUCACUCUGUCCCAAACCUGAUGGGGUCUUCAAAACUCUCAAAGCCAAAUUGUUUUAAACAGAGAAGGCCCCGCAGCCCAUCUGCAGAAGAAAGGCCUCCCAUGACAUUUUUUUGAACAAGAAAUCAAUUAUUUAAAAGGUUUUAAGGGCGUGGUAAAGAUAUUUUUUUAUGUUUAAAAAGAUGCAAGAACUGCUCUGUCCAGACGAUCAACACAAAGAAUCCACAGCAUCACAGUUAAUAAUCAACGGUUUCUUGAAGGCUGGAAGAAGGUUCAAUGGAGCUAUUGUCCGACCUCCGUGAACUCUUUCGUUCUUGCGUUUCUCUGAUAAUGAAAGCAGCAGAAAGCUGUCUGGGGUUUUAAACCCACCGAUAAUCCAGACAAACAGUACUGAGCGUGAACCAUGUUAUCAUCAGAAGUCAAAAAUGCAAAGUGCCUGACAUGUCUGUCUGACAAACAUCUCGUCUUGAUGUUUUCAUACGGGUUAGCAAUCUGAAAAAAGAAUGUUAAAUAUAAACACUAAAAGUUUUAUUUGUAAUAAUUUACUUCUAAAAAAAAUAAAAAAAAAUAAUGGGUAUUAUUUUAAUGUACAGUUAAGUGUUUUGUUUGGCCAAAAUCUACAAACUCCCACUUCCUGAACUGUUUUUUUUUUUUUAUUAUUUUAAAAUGAGGCAUUUUUGUUUGUCCAUUCCACUUAAAGGAAGCACCACUCCUUAGCUGAACUGACAAUUAUUAAGGGAAGCUCGUUUUGAGAUGACGAUCAUUUUCAGAUAUUGUGAAAUCCUGGAUUAUAUUCUAACCUAACCAAACAUCCUCCUCUGAGCUGUCUUUUUUUCUCCAUUUUAAGAUUUUAACCACUCAGUUUUGCUAAAGCAAAUGAAUGAAAAUGAAGUUCUGCCAAAAAAAAAAAAAAAGUCAGUAAGAAAGGGAGCAUUUUUUUAUAAAAGUAUUGGGAGAACUGCAAAAGCUUUUGUAAAAUAAAAUCCCUGUAAUUUGCAAAUUGAAGAAAACUUUUUUGUAUUUUUACUUUUUUUUAACAGUUUUUUUCUGGUUUUGGGAAUUUGUACAUAUUGUUUUCUUUUGGUAAAUGUUUGUGUAAAUGUACAGAACAUGCAAUAAAUGAGGUAAAUAAUGA